AUGGUUGUUAGAUAUAUAAUUUCUGGAGUAUUAAAUAGAGUUCCAAUAGUUAAUCAUUUUACAAGACAAACAAAUACAAGUAAUCCAAGUACUCCAAAACAUCUAGUGACUUCAUCAUCAAGUUCAGACGAAGAAUUUUAUGAUUACGAAGAUCAAGAAGAAGACGAAUUUGAAGACGAAGACGAAAUUAAACCAAUAAAUAUUCAAACUUUAUCACCAAAAGAUAAAAUCCAUUCGAAAUUAAUUAAUAAUAGAACUACUUCAUCACCUAUUCCUGAAAUGUCGUUACAGCAACCUUCAUCAACAAUUUCACAAGAUGAAACUGAAAUAAUAUUUGACUCACCAACAAGAAAAAGAGUAAGUGCAAUAGAUAAAAGUAAUAUAUUACCAGUAUCAUCAAGAUUAAAUAAAAGAAAAAACAAUAAAACAACAAAAUUUGAAACUCCAUUUGAUUCAACAACAACAACAACAACAUCAAUUGGAGGAGAUUCAAUUUAUGCAUCGGCAGUUCAAACAUCCUCGGAAACAGAAGAAGAUUUAGAAGAUUCAAAAGUUCAACAAUAUUUAGAUGAUCAAAAUUCAAAAUUUAAUGAUUUAAUUUCAAAUAAUAUUGAUGUUGUUUUAAAUGAAGAAUCAAUAAAUAAUCAAUCACAAUCACCAUCUACACCAACUCAAGUAUUACUUAAAAUGGCAUAUGAUAAUAGAGGAGCUAUUGCAAAUUCAUUAUUCCAAUAUGGCAAACAAAGAAUAUCUUCAAAAUUACCAUAUAUUCCAUACUUUAAUCCCAAAACCAAUACACAAGAUGAUCAAGACAAUACUCCAAGACUUGAAGAACUCAAUUCAUUUACAACUCCGAAAUUAGGUAGUCCAUUAUUAGAUUCAAAUAGUGAAUUAAUUAGAUAUGCAGGAGAUUUAGAAGAAGGACAAAAAUUAACAGAACAAAAUUUAAUGGAUCAACAACAUUUUGAUCAUUUAAUGUCAAAUUUAGAUGAUGAAGUUAAGAUUGAUAUUUUUUUAGAUUCAUUAGAUAGAGAAACAAAAUUAAAUUUAUAUCAACUGUUACGUAAAGAUUUAAAUAUUUUGGGUGAUGAUUCAACUCCAGGAGAAAAUAUUAGAUCUAUAUAUUAUGAUUCAAAUAUGUCAACUUUAGAUAAAAUACAAAUGUUCAUUAUAGUGUCAAUUAAAUUAUUUAUGACAGGUAUUAAAUUAUUUAUACCAAUUACCAAAUACAUGAUAUACAAAUUUCAAAAAAAUGAUUUUUUCAUAUUCAAUUCCAAAAAUUGUAAUAAAUUUAUUGAUUUUAUAUUAAAAUUUAUGAAUUAUAUUGAUUUGAAAUUAAAUUCAAAUGAACAAAUUAUAGAUAAAAUUUCAAAUCAUGAUUAUAUACAAACUGAAGAACAUUUUGAAGAAAUGAUUAAUGAUUUUACUAUAAGAACCAAACAAAUGUUUAAACCAACAUAUAUAAAGGAUAGAUUGAUAUCAAAAGAUGAUUAUUUCAAAAGAGGAUUAUAUGACUAUCUUAUAUCAAGUAGUGGAUAUUCAAAUUCAAAUUUUGAUACGACAAGUUCAAAAAAUUAUGAAAAUGAUCCAAGAUAUGCAAUUUAUUAUAAACAAAAUCAAAAAGAUGAUUAUAGUAAUAAUGGAAAUUUAAAUUCAAAUAUAGAAAUGAAAAAAAUCAUUAAGACCAAAAAAUCAAAUCCAAAUUUAUACAGGUCAAAUUCUCCAGUUAAAAAUAAAUCUCAAUCAGUUAAUAGUAAUGAUGAAAAUAUUUCAUUCAUGGAAGUUGCUGAUAAAUUUAUUGAACAAUUAGAAACUGGAGUUUAA